AUGGAAGAGGCCUCGAGGCUGUUGUCUGCCAUCGAACUUGAUGAGUACACGGUGAAGGAAGUCCAGAAUGGCUGGGAGACGACGGAGAAGCGUCUUGGAGGUCCAAAAGAAGCCGGAGAGCAUGUCUUCGGGAAACUAAAGGACGCCGUGCCCAAGACUGAAGGCAUGUUGAAGCGAUCGAGUACUGUGUGGCAUCUGCUGGAUGAGCUUCUGCAGGCUUUGAAUGAUGCCAAGCUGGUACAAAAGCGUUUGGAGUACCUUGCCUUGCGCCACAUGAAUGCAGACAUCACAACGGCCGACGUUGAGGUGUUCAAAGGCAUCCUUCUCGAAGUGUGUGCAUCAAAACUGGGUGGACUCAUGACGGCAGAGUUUCAGUUCGGCCUCAGCCAGACGAUCACUGCCCUGGGUGUCUCAUUGGCGCGGACGCACGAGCAUUAUGCUGAGCGGCUUAACCUUCUGAGGACCUGCUGGAAGGAGGCCAACGCCACAAGCGAAGAGGCCGCAGAGGAGCAUCAGGAGGAUCACGAGGGCGAGGAUCACUCCGAUGCGGCUCAGGCAGCAUCGCCAAAAGGCCACCAGGACGGCACCUCGCCUAAAGGCCACCAGGAUGGGACGACCAUGGAGAAGGGCGAGCAGGCCGACCAGGAUUGCCACCAGCAGUGGAAGCAGAAUUCCAACAUGGACAUUCCGAAGACCUUUGCAGCGAUGGCACGCUUCAACGCCUCCGUCAUGGGCAUUGGGGACCGCAUGUGGUUUGCCGACCUUUUGUACUCUAUGGAGUUCUUGGUGCCCUACAUCGGCAACAUUGAUCGAGUUCAGGAGGAGUGCGACGUGCUCGCCUUGACGCUGGCACACUACGACAAGGUCAAUCUUGCAGAGUUCCGCUCUGUGAUGUUCGCCAGCUUGAG